AUGGUACGACGGCGUCAUGGGCGUUUGGACAGAUGGAGACGGAAGGGCAUUGGGCCAGUAGAGUUAAUCUUGAAUCAAUAUACCUACAAGCAAAUAAUAAUCUUUCUUGCAACUACGAAGCUUCUCUGGUGUAAGGGCGUGGUAGGGCUUAUCGAGUUUCAAGCCGAGGUCCAGAUUCUCACGUUGCUCAUCUCUUUUGGGUUCCAUCCACGAUCUUGCAAGCACCAGAUCCAGCUCUCUCACGCGCCUCUAGGACCGGAAUUCGGCAUGUACCCGUUCUCGAUGCAGAGCAAACGCAAAAGGGAAGGCCUGGAUAUCCCAAGGCACCCCUGCCAUGUGAUAUUCGACUUGGCGCAUACCGCCACAUGCACCCCAACGAUUGGAGGCUCAUUCAGACUUGCUUCUUGA